UGCACCUUCGAGAGCAUAACACUGGAACUUUGUGAACUGAUUUGUGAGCUGUAAGGUCUGUACAUUUCUGGAUAGUAAAAACGGAGCGGUACACAGAUACGGGUUAGCAGCCACUGUGCACGCCCUAUCCAACAGACACUCGCAGACAAGGAACUGUAACCAGGCAAGAGUCUAUUAUCAUUGGUUGUCAUGGCUGAUUUGUUAUCUGUCUCCCAGGAACAGGCGGGGGUUGCCAUCUUGUUAUUACCGGGCUCCUAAAUAUAUCCCCUCUCAGAAAUGUGCGAUGUAACCUACAUUAACUGGAGUACCGCGCCGUGAUUUAGAGUGCAGCUGUACAAAUCCUAAACAAAAACACGUGUUCAGUAACUGUUACCUGGUCAACCUUCAUUCGGACGAUAUAGCGCCCCCUGGCGAUAUCAGUGACGAUGACUUUCAAGCUGACUGUCCCCACAGAUAACUGACAAGUUACGUCAUAACGUUCCCAAAGUGGCUCCAAACCCUUGAACUGAGGAUACCGCAGAAGUCUGUGACACCGAAACUGAAACCUUCAAAGCAAGACCCAAUGACAGUGCAUAGCCCGCACGAGCAGCUUUCUUAUCAAUCAAACCGCCUUCGUUGUUGAGAGAGGGCGAGGACAUCGCUACAACAUAAAAGAUGAGACUCACAUUUGAUGAUGUUUUGCGGCACCUGGGGGAGUUUGGACGCUAUCAGAAAUGGUUGGUAUUUGUUCUGUGUCUCCCUGGCAUCACCCAUGGAAUCAGGAUGAUGAUAAGCGUGUUCCUCCUCAACGUUCCAGACCACAGGUGUGCCAUCCCCGGCUACGACAACGACACCUACGAUGCACAGUCUGACAACCACGCCCGUCUUAUCAACGCAACCAUCCCCUACGUUACAAGAGACGGUAAACUGCAGCUCGACAGCUGUCACAUCUACCGCGACGAUGGCAACAGCACAAGCGAAGGCGCCAAUCGUACAGUAGUGGGCUGUCAGAAGUGGGUGUUCGACAAGUCUGUGUUCGAAUCCACUGUCUCAACGGAGCUCAGCUUCGUGUGCGACGACGCUAUACUUGCCACACAUUCUCAGAUGAUCUUCAUGGGAGGCUACUUCUUCGGGGCCUUUGCCGCUGGAGCCCUGGGAGACAAGAUCGGGCGGAAGAAGGCUCUUUAUCUGUGUAUCCUUUUCCUCACCAUUGGAGGAAUAAUCCUCAACUGGGCCAAGAACUUCGUCAUGUUCGUCAUCCUCCGCUUUAUCAACGGAACCUCUACAGCCGGAGUCUUUACCACGUGUUUCGUUAUAGCUAUGGAGAUAGUAGGUCCCUCCAAGCGGGUAUGGACUGGAGUGAUGGUUCAGGUAUUCUUCGCCAUCGGUAUGACGAUCCUGUCCGGAGUUGCCUACUUCAUCCGAGACUGGCACACACUGGAGCUAGCCAUGGCAGUCCCUGUCGGAAUCUUCCUCAUUUACUGGUGGGUCAUUCCAGAAUCUCCAAGAUGGCUGAUGAACGAGUACCGGGAUGAAGAAGCAGAAGUGAUCAUACGCCGCGCAGCAGAGGUGAACAAAGUCAAGUUACCCGACAAACUGUUUGAACAGCAGACGACAGAGAUUGAAUCACAUGACGAAGAGCCGAAGGGCAACUUUUGCCAUCUCUUCACAACUCCAGUCAUGUGCAUACGAACUCUCAUUAUAUUUUUUAACUGGUUGGUGGUCAGCAUGGUGUACUACGGUCUGUCCCUCAACUCAGACAACCUUGGGGCAGGCAGCCUCCACCUCAACUUCCUGCUAGUAGGGCUGGUGGAGUUCCCGGCCUAUGCGCUCUCAAUAGGACUGGUCAACAGACUAGGAAGGAAGAUCAUGCACUGUGCAAUGAUGAUCAUAGGAGGAGUGUCCUGCAUCCUCACCAUCUUCACUAUCCUGUAUGCUGAUCAGUCAUUGCAGUGGAUCACCGUCCUGCUGGCUAUGAUAGGGAAGCUUGGGGCAGCAUCAGGCUUUGCUAUCAUCUACGUGUUCUCCUCAGAGCUGUUCCCCACUGUCAUCCGGCACUCUGCCACCGGGGCAAGCUCCUCCUGGGCCCGUGUUGGGGGCAUGAUAGCCCCCUAUAUCGUAGACUGGGGCAAGUUUGUUGGCGGGGACUUCGGCCGCGCCCUGCCGCUAUUGAUUUUUGGCAGCUUCUCCGUCCUGGCAGGUCUGUUGGCCCUUCUACUUCCGGAAACACUCAACAGAGACCUUCCGGAGACCAUCGAGGAUGGGAUCAAAUUCGGCAGAAAACCCGUUGGUCACAGACAACCAGACGAAGAAGAAAAACAACGGGGUCUGCCAUUGCUAUCAUUGCCUGAAACCACAGACAACGAUAAGAAACAAUCACCUAUAUACAGAAAGCCAUCAGCUCCCGUCACCGCUUGACUUUAGUCUCCAUGUAGUGUCUUACCUGUUUCAACUGUCGAAAGAAAUCAUCACUAAUUCUGUUUGAAGAAAUCGUCAAUAAUCAUAUACAAAACAAUCAGUACAAAACAAAUAUGCAGCAGAAUUACUCGAAACACACGAUUCAAACUGCUACUUCUUGGUGAUAGACGUAUGUAUAUUAUACUAGGAUUCAUAAUGCCGUGUGUACAAGAACGAGAGAAGUCUGCCCAUGUUAACUAAGCGAAGGUUUCCCUGCGUCUGUCGUGUCUGUGUUAAUGUUUGUGAGUUAUCAGUCGGAAUGAGGUAAUCGCCUUGUGAUUUUAGAGAUGAUGGAUAACUUAUUGCACAGAAAGAUGAAAGAAGCCCAAUAUGACGAAUGAAGCCCAAUAAUUUUGUUGUUUCCGGAUGAAAUGAGUUGUUCUGAUACACAACAGUAUCCUGUCCCAUCCAGCAUUAUCCAGUUUCACAGAUGCAUAUUUCCAAAGCACACCUUGGUCGUGGCUAUUCCUACAGUGAUGACCUACUGCCAUGCCGUGAUGUGACUUCCUCAUUCACUGUUAGUGUGCCCAUCCAUAACAUGGCUGUUACAUGUCUAGCAGCACCCUAGUUCACUUUUAAACGUGUUAACCGGUAUGUUGAUGUAACUGUACAAUACUGAGUGGUUCAAUUAUAUGAAAUAAAUGAUAAGACCAUC